AAUUGUGUUUGAAAGAAGUUUCAAGCCGUGUUGGCUUUUUAUUCGAGUUUUCAUUCACCACAUCCUUAUUCUGGUUCUUGGAAAGCUUAUGUGAAUAGCGAUGCUUCCCGCCACUUCUCUUCUUAUCUGACAUUGAUCAAUUUUCAUAUGUCUUCUGUGGCUGUUGAUACGCACUCUGAAACACAAGAUACUCGACGUACAAAUGCACUUAAAGAGUAUCAGCGAGUACUUUCGCAACAUAGAGAUAUUGAACAUAGAGUACGAAGGCUCCGAGAGGAAGUUAAAGGUCUGAAGCAACAAUUUGAUAAGACGGAAGACGAUUUGAAAGCGUUGCAAAGUGUCGGUCAAAUAAUAGGUGAAGUUCUUCGAGCUAUUGAUCAAGAAAAGUAUAUUGUGAAAGCUUCUAGCGGCCCACGUUAUGUGGUUGGCUGUAGAAAUAAAAUUGAUAGAGAUAAACUUAUACAAGGAGCACGUGUCUCAUUAGAUAUGACUACGUUGACAAUUAUGCGUAUACUCCCUAGAGAGGUAGAUCCUCUUGUGUAUAAUAUGUUGACGGAAGAUCCUGGUCACGUUCCCUAUUCAGAUGUUGGCGGUCUUUCGGAGCAGCUGAGAGAACUUCGAGAAGUUGUAGAACUACCUCUCACGAAUCCUGAACUAUUUCAACGAGUUGGAAUCAAGACUCCUAAAGGGGUACUAUUGUAUGGGCCACCAGGAACUGGGAAGACCUUAUUGGCCAGAGCGAUUGCUUCCAAUAUGGAUUGUAGUUUCCUGAAAGUGGUAGCGAGUGCUAUUGUUGAUAAAUAUAUAGGAGAAAGUGCCCGUAUUAUUCGAGAAAUGUUUCAAUAUGCAAAGGCACACGAACCUUGUAUUAUCUUUAUGGAUGAAAUUGAUGCUAUUGGUGGUCGUCGUUUUUCGGAAGGAACUUCAGCAGAUCGAGAGAUCCAAAGAACCUUGAUGGAACUCUUAAAUCAGCUGGAUGGCUUUGAUGAAAUUGGAAAGGUCAAACUUGUAAUGGCCACGAAUCGUCCAGAUGUGUUAGAUCCUGCAUUGCUUAGACCCGGUCGAUUGGAUAGGAAGAUAGAAAUACCGCUACCCAAUGAGCAAGGACGUUUGGAUAUUUUGAGAAUUCAUUCCAAGAAACUUAAUUUGGGAGGUGAAAUUGAUUACGAAGCAGUAGUUAGCCUUGCAGAAGGCUUUAAUGGGGCUGAUUUGCGAAAUAUUUGUACCGAGGCUGGUUUAUUUGCUCUUCGUGCGGAUAGAGACUAUGUUAUACAUGAAGACUUUAUGAAGGCAGUGCGAAAAAUUGCGGAUAAUAAGAAGUUGGAAUCUAAAGUUGAUUAUUCUAGUAGUUUUAAACAAAGCGAAUAAACAAGCGUUCGCAAUAGAUUACAUGGCUUUGUG